CCGUACCUCCUCUUUCCUGACUCAACCCAACCCGGGAUAUCCCCCAACCCGGCCCGUGCCCUACAGGCUGCUACAGCCUCUACCGCCGCCGCCGUGCCCUACAGCCUACCGCCGCCGCCGCCGGCCUCAAUCCCGCCCCCAGCACCGCCGCCUCUUACGCGCGUCUCCGCCAUCGCCGCCGCUCCCGCUCUCCCUCCCUCAUCGGGACAUCGUGUUCCUGCUGUCUCCACCCCGCCCGCAAUCUCUGGGUGGGUUCUAAGGCCCUCGCUUGCUGCUACCGGAGGAUUUCGCGAGGAUGUCGUGGUGCACGAUCGAGUCUGAUCCUGGUGUUUUCACCGAGUUGAUUCAGGAAAUGCAGGUGAAAGGGGUACAGGUGGAGGAGCUUUACUCUCUCGAUGUGGACUCUCUUAGUGAACUACGGCCAGUUUAUGGGUUAAUUUUUCUCUUCAAGUGGGUGGCUGGAGGAAAGGAUGAAAGGCCCGUUGUCAACGACCCGAACCCAAACCUUUUCUUUGCUCGACAGGUCAUCACGAAUGCAUGUGCCACUCAAGCUAUUCUCUCAAUUCUAAUGAAUCGCCCAGAAAUUGACAUUGGUCCAGAAUUAUCAAAUUUGAAAGAAUUCACAGGAGCUUUUGCACCUGACAUGAAGGGCUUGGCUAUCAACAACAGCGAUUCUAUUCGGGCUGCCCACAACAGUUUUGCAAGGCCAGAGCCAUUUGUUUCUGAUGAGCAGAAAGUUGCGGGUAAGGAUGAUGAUGUAUACCAUUUCAUAAGCUAUUUACCCUUUGAGGGCGUCCUCUAUGAGCUGGAUGGGUUGAAGGAAGGGCCCAUCAGCCUUGGCCAGUAUUCUGGCGGGCCCAAUGACCUGGGUUGGCUACAGAUGGUGCAACCAGUUAUACAAGAGAGAAUUGAGCGCUAUUCGCAGAGUGAGAUCAGGUUCAACCUUAUGGCCAUCAUAAAGAACAGAAAGGAUGUAUAUACUGCUGAGCUGAAGGAGCUGGAGAAGAAAAGGGAGCAAAUCCUGCAGGAGAUGAACAAGACCACCGCUGCAGAGUCAUUAAACAGUGAGCUCUCAGAGGUGGCAUCAGCAAUCGAGACAGUCGGUGAGAAGAUCAUGAUGGAGGAAGAGAAGUUCAUGAAGUGGAAGACAGAGAACGUCCGGAGGAAGCACAAUUACAUCCCUUUCCUCUUCAACCUCCUCAAGACGCUGGCGGAGAAGAAGCAGCUGAAGCCAUUGGUAGAGAAGGCCAGGCAACAAAAGACUCCCAGCGCUAGCACAAGUUAGACCGCGACUUUUAGAGUGCCAUAGUUGGCUGUAUCAAGUUCGGGUUAAUCACAUCUUUCUUUUCCAGAAUGCACUAUGUUAUCAGAUAUUAUCAGAUACAGUACCUAGUUGGCAGCUUGGAGAUAUCAUUACUAAGGUUAUAAACCUGCUUAAAUUUUCUUUUGCACUGCUGUAUCGUCAACUUUUUGACUGGUAGAACUGUAGAGGCGGCCAAUUUAAUGUUGAGGGUGGUAGAACUUAUUUCUGUCA